AUGCAGCCUAAGGACUCUGUCUCCAAAUCAGGAGGUGUAACUGUUAAUUUCCGUUCAGCAGAUGGUGUAUCAAAGAAUAAGGAUGACCAUUCCGCACAGUCCACUGAGUUUCAGGAGCCAAUCGCGACGUGGAAGGGCACGUCGCAGUCCGUACUCAAAUACAACGUGCGCUACCUCUGCCUCCUGGGGGUGUGGUCGCUCACACACUCGCAACUUUACCACCUUUUCAGCGGAACGGCUUUCCUGCUAGGGGUCAUCCACAUCGGGGUGGCCAUCUUCGGUUCCUACCUCUCCAGAGAUAAUAUCGAGGAGCUGACUCUGAUGCUGGCCAACCUGUUCAUAGUCUGCGGUGGCGUUACCAAACUGGUCUUCUUUCUCAAAGAUCGAAGUAUGUAUCGACGGCUUGUGUUGGUGACAGAUGAGAUUACUACCAGACAGCGCUCGUACUGCGAUCUUGAUCCUGCUCUCAAAUCUAUACUUACGAUCUCGGAGAGACUAGUGUCCCGUCUGACCCUCUUCGUGCCAGCUUACAUAGCGACAGUUUCCAUCGUCUGGGUACCCAUGCCCCUCAUAGCUUACAGCAACGAACGGAGACUGCCUUUCGUGCAACUCCCGAUGGUGAACGAAGUAAGCUCCUCCACGUACGCACUACUGUACGUCAUGCAGAGCGUCCCAUCAGUACUUUUCUUCAACAUUGGUUUUGGAGUAGACGUCUUCUUCGCGUGUGUCAUGAUCAAUGCAGCCACUCAGCUGAGGCUUCUGUUCCAUCGGAUUAGAGACCUACGAAUUGGAGGACGCGAUACUGUCAAAUCAACUGGUUCUUUGUGCUCUGAGUUUACAUUACGUAAGAAGCAUGAGAGAAUGUAUGAAGAACUAUGCACCUGCAUCCAAAUUCAUCAACAACUUGUAAGGUACCUCAAGUUCGUCGGGAAGGCGAUGGAUCCAAUUGCCAUGACGCAGGUUGUCUUCAGUGUCCUGAUCGCUUGCGUCACACUGUUCCAGGCCACAUAUAGUGCAGACAGCAACGCUGCCUUCAGAUGUGUGGCAUUCCUGCCAACACCGGGAGCUCAGGUUUUCUUGUACUGUUGGGGAGCUCACGAUCUCAUGGAGCAGAGCGAGUCGGUGGCGGAGGCUGCGUACAGCUGCGCCUGGGUGGAGGCCAGCGGGCGUUUCAAACGCGCGCUCUCCCUCCUCAUGUGUCGCGCGCAGAGGUCGCUGGUGCUUACAGCAGGCGGCCUGCUCCAGAUCAACCGGCCCACCUUCAUCUCGGUCAGUACUACAACACUAUGA